GGACGACGAGGAGGAGGCGGCCGUUUAGCUAAACCCCAUCAUUUCCUGCCGUCACUUCCUACCCGGGGCUUGGCGGAGCCUCCGCGUCCCCUUAAGGCCGGGCCCGGGCCCGGUUGGUGGCGGCGCUUGCGAGCCAUGGUGGCGCUCAGGGGCCGCGGGGCCAUGUCGGGCUCGGGAGCGGGAGCGGGACCUGCCGGCUCGGGGGAGGCGGCGGCGGUGGCGGCGGCGGCGGCGGCGACCACAGGGGCCCGGGAACAGUACCUCAGGCAGAUCGAGGACUGCCUCCCCCAACUCCAGAGAACCCCGGCCAAAAGAAUCUGUCCAGCCAAACGGAAACAAUACUUCAUCAAUCAGGCCAUCCGCAACUCAGACCUCAUCCCCAAAGCCAAGGGGCGCAAGAGCCUCCAGCGGCUGGAGAACACCCGCUACCUGCUGACUCUCCUGGAGCAGGACGAGUGUUCUCCCCACGAUGGAGAGCCAGCCUCGCCUGCAGCCCCCAGCAUCUUUGCCGAGGCCUGCAGCAAUGAGACCUACAUUGAGAUCUGGAAUGACUUCAUGAACCGCUCCGGGGAGGAACAGGAAAGGGUCCUCUUGUAUCUGGAGGAGGAAGCCAAGAAGAAAUGCAGGAAGAAGGCUGCAGCCAAGGCAGAGGACAGGAGAAAAGACCCUGCUUACACGCCCCAGGAAUGUUUCCAGAGAAUCAGCCGGCGACUGCGGACCACCCUGAAGCGGAACCGGAUUCCCAGGGAGCUUCUGGAAGGUUUGGAAGAAGAGCUACUGACCUUCUUCUCCAUCACGCCCUGCUCCGUCUACACUGCAAUGAUGGACAACAGCUUUGAACGACUCCUGCUCCAUGCCCUCUGCCAAUACAUGGACCUGGUCUCAGCCAGAGCCUUUGACGAUCUUGAUCCACAAAAGUGCUCAAACUUUGAGGGGAAACGCCAGAUGAAAGUGAGCAACAAACAUAGCAAUUUCCUUCCGCCCGAGCUGCUGUUGUCGGCCUACCUGCAACAGAUGAGCUGAUGGAGUCCCUCUCGGUCUUGGGGGAGCCCCUCUGUGGCACUGGCAUGGACAGAGGGGUGGAGUUUGGGAUUUUAAAUGUUUUUCUUUUCUUUAGCUCUCAAUCUGCCUGUCCCGCUUCAAACUUGCUUUGAUUUGGGGUUUUGCUUUAGGACUUACAAGGCCAAAGACCUAGAAGGGAGAUGGGCCCCCUUCUCCUCUGCUCCCCAGCUUCCCCGCCUCAUGACAGUGCUAUUUGCCCUAGUCAGCUGCCUGCCGGGAGCCUGGUGGCCACAGGACAGGGUGGUGUUGGCAGGCAGGGAGAGGGUCCCAAGCCAGUAUCCUCCAGGGUGGAGGAGGGGGAUACUGUUUGGCUCCCCUCCCUUCUUCCCGACCUCCAGGUCCUUAAUGUAUCUGUGGCUCUUUCCCUGCUCCUCCCAGAGGGGAUUUUCUUUGCUGUGUUCAGGUUGGGCCAGCUGGCAAGGCAGUGCAAGAAACAGUGGGGGGAGGGCAGAGAUCCACAGUCUCAUCUAGGCUCCCCUGCUUCCUCUCCUUCCUCCCCCCCUUUUGCAUAUGGUGCUAUCUGAGUCCCCCACCCCUUUGAGAAGCUUCCUGCAUAGGACAGUUGGCUAGAGAGGGCAGGAGGACUUCUGGGAGGAGAGAGAUAAGGUUCCAGCCUCAGCAGAACCCUGUGUGACAGUGGGAAAUUUGACCAGCGGCUGCCACUGAUUGGCUCUCUUGGCCUCUUAGCUGAGUGUGUGUGUGUGUGUGAGUGUGUGUGUAUAUGUUCACACCCACAUGUUAAAUAUUACGUCAAGGAAUGUAAUAGCUCCCCACUGCCUCUUAGUUGUCCCCAUCUGAGCUGGCUGGUCUCUGGGCACCCAGAGACAGCAGAGAUUAGGACUAAAACGAACAUAAUAAUCAUCCAUUUUUUCCCCUGGUGGGAAGGAGGAGUGUGUGGGGAUGGAUUUUAUUAUUUUAAUUUGGAAAAAUAAUUUUUUUCUGUAAGCAGCAGCCCAGUAUGUCAAAGGGCAAGGGCCUGGUUUGAAGUGAAGCACCCCAAGCUUUAGCUUGGCUCUAAGCACAAGCCCAUGUGUCCCCUCCCCAGAAGCAUCAUGCUUUGUGUGUGUGUGAGAGAGAGAGAGAGAGAGAGAGAGAGAGACAGGAUUUGGCAGUGCCGGCAGGCAGCCAUAAUGAAAACAUGACCUCCCCUCCCCACUCCUGCCACCCAUGCUCUAUAGCUUCUUUAGCUGGUACCCUCUUCAGCCACACCAAGCUCAAGCACCUGAAUUCUCACUCCCAGUUCUUUCCUGGACUGUUUCCCCACUCACCCCACUAAUAAUGAGACCGGGCUUCCCAAUUGCAUCCCUGUUCCCCACUAAGGCCAGUCCUCUUCCAUUGACUGCAAUACUUGUCUCUCUUCCCUCAAUUCCCCCCCCCCCACCAUUAAUCCCACUUUUGUUUUUCCCCAGGGGACCUGACCUCAGCCCUCUUGCCAUCUCUUCCAUCAUCCACCAAGCAUUGCCCUCAUCCAUUGAAAUCAGGGACAGCAGUUCAGCCCUUGUGCCUAGGGGAGGUGGCCUGAAAGGCAUGCCUCAAUCUGCUGCCCACCCUGCCCCCACCUUGCUAUCCUAGACCUCGGCAGGGGGUGCAGAUCAAUGGGACUUUUCUGUGCUGGAGUUGGGCGCUGGAGGCAGGCAUCCUCUGCAUCAAAGAGGGGGCGGGAUUAUGCCCGGGUGCUUCUGGGGUUGCUGGGAUGAGAACAAUACAGUGAUUAUUUGCAGUGA